AUGCCUCAACCCAACUUCAACCUUCCAGAGUACUUCGCCCUUCAUUCCUAUCUAUCCGCAUUACUAUGCGGUGCCUUCGUGCUUCUCCCUCGUUCUAUUCCUUGGUUCGUGGGCGACGCUGUUCAAUCAUCUUCAACCGACAGACCUGAAUAUGCGUUCCUGACCCCAUUGACCUCUCGCCCGUUGGUGACAAUCGUCUGGGAUAUCAGGAUCGGUGAAUGUUCGGCGUCGACCCUAGUGGCAAGUGUGGUGUUAUAUGUUUUGAUCAAUGCCCUUGGAGCUCCCCUUGACAGUCAUCACCUACACACUUUUUUACUCUCCCUACAUAUAGCUAUCCUCACCGUAUGGCCAACAGUGCAUGUUUUGGGUGUUCCGUCCAUCUAUGAUAGCGGUACAUAUGCGCGUUUCCGCAUGACACGGCUUUUCUGCGAAUUUCGGGCGUUAGUGUAUCCAGUCAUCGGAACUCUAGCUGGUGCUUGGUGUGGUGCGAUACCUAUCCCUCUGGAUUGGGACAGACCUUGGCAGAGCUACCCCCUCACACCUACCGUGGGAUCGAUUCUCGGCUUCAUCGCUGGAGGUUUCGUCUCAUGGCUUUAUUCUGCGUUGAUAGAUACUGCAGAUGAGGUAUUGCAAACAAAGGAGCAGGUGGGAUAUAUGUCUAGUGAGAAGAAGAAGAAGAAGCGUACAAAGCGCACAUGA